UUAACGAUGAAUAUUUCCGAUCCAAAAGAAGUGAUAGGUAAUAUAUUUAUUGAAAUAAUCAAUGAAGCACCCACUGAAAUAAAACGGGUAUUUGGAGUUGAACGAGCGCCAAAAGUCGAAAUGCUUCGAAUGCCAAUCUUAGGAAGCCAUGUUGCGAAAUUCACCGACUUCUUGGAUCAAAUAACAACUAUGCUUGGAUAUACACAAAAUUCGCUAGGAGCUUUCUUAUUGGUUCGAAAAACGGGUCGAAAUCACACAAGAAAUAACUUCCUCGAGGAAAAUCAAAACGAUGAAAAUAACUUUUUCAGUUUUAUAGGGAAGAAAUUCGUCGAAGAAUUUGUAAAAUAUUUAAAUACUGAAGAGGACGAGAAAAAUGAAGAAAAAAUAAGAUUUGCAAGCCUUUCACCAACGAUGACAACCGAAUUAUGGAACAGAUUUUUUGAUAUAAUUAUAGCUCAAAUAUCGACAGCGUUCAAUGAAGAACGCGAGAACCAUAUUAAUACAAUGAUGCAGAUGAAACUUGCGCCGCAUCAACAUAUCGAAGAAAACGUACGGAAAGAAAAGUUAAUAAAGGAAAAGAUGAACGAAAUCAACAGUGCAGCAACAACAAUAGAAAAAAAGGAAGAACUAUUCGAAGAUCCAUUUUAA